UAGACAAAAAAAUUGAAAGAAACAAGAGUAAACUUGUGGCGGAUGGGGAUGGUAUUAAGUUGGCGCCAAAGAACAAGCUCGGGUAUUUGGUCCUUUCGGAAAUUGGGAUGGAUAAAUCUUAUCCGCUUCUACGGCUACUGAUGUCUCACCUAGUGUGAACUAACUACCCAACCAAGAUCCUUUACAUUCUUGUUUCUGUGAAACUUAAGCGGAGUUUUGUUGGGUGCAGUCGUGGCUUUGUUGUGUUCAUUUUUUGAAGACUUGAAGCGUUCAGACUUGGCUGAAUUCUGUAUGUGAGUACGUCUGAAAUUGUCAGAACAAAUCGAAUGCACGAUUCCUUGAUUUUCCUGGAACCCUUUUAUGUAAUUGUAGCCUGUGACUCAGAGACCCAGAAGCCAAUUCCUUUGAAGGCAUCCUGUGGAUGGAGAGCAAGUCACUUGAAUUUGCUAUGUUCUGAGUUUGCUUUCUGAGAAUUUCGUUUCUUCAAAGUAUUUAUCUGAGGCCAUGGACGUUGGAGAAACUAAAUGUUCCAAAGGCUACGGCAAGGCCCCGUGGAUAUUUAAAGGCAGUGCCUUGUACCAGCUCCAUCUUGUGAAAGCAGAAACUGCUCGAGCUUGCAUCCCGAAAGAGUUUAAAUUAGUUGAAGCUUUUGGGUACACUCUUGGUGGCUUCUUUCUUGCCAGCUAUGAUGACAGUCCAGCUGGAGUCUUCGAUGAGCUCGUGGUGAUUGCGGGGCUUGUAUGGAACCGACCAACAUCUUGCGCAUGGGCAGCUAAGGUGCUUGUGAACAGCAAUAAGGCUUGUGAUCAUGGAAGAAAGGAAGUAGGGCUUCCAAGUCAGCUUGCCAGGAUUUCAAAGAGAAUCACAGCAAUCACAAGGCAACCAAAGAGUAAAGACAUUGGAUUUUUAGACGUGAUUGGUAUGGGUACUACUUUCAGUAGUCGGAGGGAUCGUAUGAAUGUUCAAGAGACCGAAAUCAAAGGUCUUGAUACAAAAGAUACCUGCAAUAUCAACCUUACAACUAUUGUGCCUGCAUCUAAUUACAAGUGGAAGGGGCCAGCCAUCAAAAUGUCUCUUCCAAGUUAUAGCGGCCGAACCAAGCAUAAUCCCAACCUUCUCAAGUAUUCUUGCCAGAUUGAGUGCAGGGUGCGAGCAGUGCAGCCAGCUGAAGUAUCAAGACUACUUCCUAAACUCAAUAAUGACACAGAAGGCGGUUAUUCAGUACAACGUAGUUACAAUGUCGUGGAGUCUACAUCUGAGGAACACAUAGAUAAUGGAGAAAACAUCAGCAUGUCUGUCAUGUUGUCAAAACCCAUAUUGGCUUUGGAGUUCAGUUGUUUGAAAAUGAAGGUCGAAGCUCCCAUUGUAGUUUCCCCUUGCUCUACAAAUUCUUAGGAGCGUAAGUAUUGCAGAAAUUCUUUCAUAGUGCUGUAGUACUGUACAAGAAUAUGAAUGAAUGAAGUUCAUUUCCCUAAA